AUGGAUUCAAUGACUUCAUUAAUGUUUACAACUUAUGGAAAUCUUCCACAUUGCAUCGUCCCAAAACAUUAUAAACUGGAAUUGGAACCCCUGUCCAAAUGUUCGACGUUUGUUGGAAAAGUUUCUGUCGAUAUCGAUGUUUUGGAAGAUAUAGAAGAAAUCACUCUGAAUUCCGCGGAUUUGGUCAUAAAUCAUGCCAAAAUCCUAUCGGCAAGUAGCUGUGUGUGCGAAACUGAUGAUGUGAGUUAUGAUGAGGAUGAGGAAACCGCCACGAUUUUAUUUGAUAAGACGAUUGAGGGCGGAAUUUAUGUUCUGGAAAUUGAAUAUAUAGGAAUCCUGAACUUCCUAAAAAUGUCGACCAUAACCGAAAACUGGCCCGUUCACACCCGUCACCUUUUCCCUUGCUGGGACGAACCUUUGCUAAAAGCAACUUUUGAGGUUAAACUGACAGUUCCAGAAAUCAAAGUGCAACUUUCCAACACCCAAAGCAACCAUGAAGAAAACUCCAAAACAAUUUGCUUCGACAAAACUCCUCGUAUGUCUACGUACCACUUUGCCUUGAUAAUAGGCAACUACGAUUACAUGGAAAAAAUGGUAGAGGACAGAAUAUGUGUCCGGAUCUAUACAGCCGUCGGUGCUAAGGAUCAGGCACAAUUUGCUUUGGAUUGCGUGGAUAAGAUUUUAAGGUUUUACGAAAGGUAUUUUGAUGUCAAAUAUCCUUUACCGAAGUUGGAUUUGGUGGCUGCUGAUGAAGAUUUGGGGACUGAGGCCAUUAGCAAUUUGGGUUUGGUCAUUUUGAAGGACUGUCAUGUACUUUAUGAUAAGGAUAGUUGUCAAGGUAUAAGACAGCAGAGUAUUGUGGAAGUUUUGUCUAGAGAAUUGGCUUAUCAGUGGUUUGGGAAUAUUGUCACUGCAGAAUGGUGGAGUCAUUAUUGGAUCUACGAAGGCAUCGCUUGCUAUAUGGAAAGUUUGUGUUUGGAAAGUGAAUUUUGGGCUCAGUAUGUGAUAAAUCACUUUGUUUACAAAUAUACUAUUCCUGCUAUGCAGUUUGAUUCAAGAAGCGAUUCAUCCCCCAUAGAACGCAAGGAUAUUGAUCCCUUAGAAUUGAACAGUGUCUGCAGACCCUAUGAGAGGAGCAAGGCCGCCUGUUUGAUUAAAAUGAUUGCAAACUGGGUAGGACAGGAAAACUUUCAGAAAGCCCUUCAAUUGUGUUUGCAGAAAUUCCGAUAUGGCAAUAUGAGCAGGGAGGAAUUGUGGCAGAUCAUCCUUAGGAUCAGUGGAGAAAACUUGGGUAUAAAAACUUAG